GGAGCGCGGAUAAAUGUAGCGCCGCGGCGCGGGCCGCCAGCUCUCCGAGGGGCCGGAGCGCAGCGGAGCCAUGCAGUACCCACACCCCGGGCCGGCGGCGGCGGGUGCCGUGGGGGUGCCGCUGUACGCGCCCACGCCGCUGCUGCAGCCGGCGCACCCGACGCCGUUCUACAUCGAGGACAUCCUGGGCCGCGGGCCCGCCGCGCCCACCCCCGCCCCCACGCUGCCGUCCCCCAACUCCUCCUUCACCAGCCUCGUGUCCUCCUACCGGACCCCGGUGUACGAGCCCACGCCGAUCCACCCCGCCUUCUCGCACCACUCCGCUGCCGCGCUGGCCGCCGCCUACGGAUCCAGCGGCUUCGCGGGCCCUCUGUACCCCUUCCCGCGGACGGUGAACGACUACACGCACGCCCUGUUCCGCCACGACCCCCUGGGCAAACCUCUGCUCUGGAGCCCUUUCUUGCAGAGGCCUCUGCAUAAAAGGAAAGGUGGCCAGGUGAGGUUCUCCAACGACCAGACCAUCGAGUUGGAGAAGAAGUUUGAGACCCAGAAAUACCUCUCUCCGCCGGAGAGGAAGCGUCUGGCCAAGAUGCUGCAGCUCAGCGAGAGACAGGUCAAAACCUGGUUCCAGAAUCGUCGCGCUAAAUGGAGAAGACUAAAACAGGAAAACCCUCAAAGCAAUAAAAAAGAAGAACUGGAAAGUUUGGACAAUCCUUGUGACCAAAGGCAAGACUUGACCAGUGAGCAGAAUAAAGGUGUUCUAGAUAGCUCUCAGUGUUCGCCCUCCCCUGCCUCCCAGGAAGACCUUGAGUCAGAGAUUUCAGAGGAUUCUGAUCAGGAAGUGGACAUUGAGGGCGAUAAAGGCUAUUUUAAUGCUGGAUGAUGACCGUCGACAUUGGCAUGUUCGGAAAACUGGAUUUGGGAAUAACAUUUGCUACAGAGAAUCUCCAUAGGCGAUACUGGAAAACUCUGAGAAAGGGAAUCAAUUUUCUGGUAUUCUGGAAACCUAAAAUAUUUGGUGCACUGGCUAAACAGCAAACUUACACUGAAACCUUAAUUUUGACGUAAAUGGUUUAUAUACUGAUUUUAGGUUGAAUGAUGAAGGGACUCUUCACUGCUUAGAUUCACCCCCUUUUUAAAAAGGAAAUUGUUUUUUCUAUUUAUAAAAAGUAAUUUUUGAAUUUUUUGUUAAAUUUUUAAGUUAUAACUUUAAAGAUUUUAAUAAGAUCUUCUUGAAUGACGUUUCUACAAUCUGUAUCUACAUCCUACUUAAUGGAAAAGCAGAAGGGCAUCCCAGAUCCAGAGGUAUGCCUUGGAAAAGGGGCCCACAUUUCAGGCAGCUUUGGAAUAUUUUUAAAGAAAAUGUUCUUUACUUUUAUAUUACAUUCUUAUACUGCUGCCUUAAAUCCAAAGUGAUCUCAGAGCUUCUGUCUCUGAGAUGUGUGUGUUCUUUUUGUCAAAGAGAAAUAGUUGAUAAGAAUCUUAAAUGCUUGUUUUGCACUGUCACUAAGUACCUAUAUGACCAAGGUGUUAAAGGAAUAGUACAGUACAAAUCAAGCAGACAAACUGACUCGUCGGUGACUAAAAUUAAUCACAGACGAACUAGAAGUAGCAAGUUGAUUAACUGUAAGUAGACUGUAGAUAUUGUGUUUUAUAUCAAACAGUGUUUAUAAUGUGUGUGUAUAUAAUUUUUUCGCUGUAAAAAAAAAAGGCCAAAACGGUGGUGGUGUUGUUGUUGUUGUUGUUGUUGUUUUUAAAUGAGUAACUUGUGUAUAAAAUAAACCCAUCGGUGGGACGACUGAUCUAGUCGGACCUCUCUUACUUCCAGGGAAACAAACGCAAGCGCCUCGCGGGGCUGGGCGCGGGGCUGCGCGAGGCAGCGGGUGGGUGGGCUCCUGGAAACAUAUUUGGGCCUUUCCCCAAGGAAGGGAGAGGGCGGGGGGAGGGGCUCGGUGUGCGUGCGUCGCCGCAGGGGGAGGCUCCCGCCCGCGGACCCCCGAGCGCUGCAGGUGGGAAACCCCGGCGUGCCGGGUGGCGGGAAGAGCGAGGGCCGAGGUCGGCCGCGCGGCUGAGCGCGGGGCCGCCGAACCCCAUUGAUUCGCCUCGGCUCCCAGCCUGGCCCGGGCCACCGUCCUUGACCCGCGUGAGUCAACACUGCGUCAUCCCGAGGCGGCCGAGCCGGGGUAAGGGGGGUCCGCGGAGGGGGAGGGAGGGCCUGGCGGGCAAGAGCAGGGAGGUAGUUUGCGCCGAGACUUCGGGUCUCAAGCUUCAGCGAGCUUCAGAAGCGCCUGCAGACUUCUUGAUACUCAUUGCCGGCCCGUCGUUGACAGAGUUUCUAAUUUGGCAGGUCUGGGUGGGAGCGGGAUUUGCACUUCAACAAGGGCUCAGGUGGUGUCAAAGCUGUUGGUCGGAGUCCCUGAGUUUUGAGAACCACUGUUCCAAGGUGUAGAAGCAGGUGGGGCCCUUAUACCUAUACCCCCUCACUCCUUUCUCACUUGCUUCCCUUCCAGUAACUUCUGUCGGGGUGAGAGCAGAAGGUGGGGAUGGCUGAGAGGGAGGAAGGAGAAAGAAGGGCCUUGUCUAGGCCGGUGGGAGCAAGAGGCUAAUGGCUGAGGGGAGGCCAAAGGGCCGAGGAAUGGGUACUGUGAGAUGGGGGAAUGGAAGCGCCCAGGUAAGGGUGGGUGUGGGGCUGAGAGGAAGGGUGGCCUGAGGUUUCUGACUAGCCCGGGGAUUGCAUACAGUUGCUUGCCUACCUGAGCCAUCAGGUCUCUGACAUUCCAGGAAAAUUAUGAGAGGCCUGUUGGGGGAGAGGCCCAGAAACCUCUUCCUUCUAGCCUGGGCCUUCAUGGAGGCCUCUAGUUGUUUGUGGAGUUGGGUGCCUCCUGAGGGCUCCUGAAGGAAUGACUCCACCCCUGGCAUGGCUGACCAGGGCUCUGGUUCCCUAGACAUGAGCACUCAGGUGAAGACAGAGUGAAAAGGUCAUUGCUUUUAGCGAGUUGUCACAUUCUCCCUCCUUAGAUUUCAGGAAGGCUCCUGGAAUUGCCUGUGAAUUUACAUUUCUGAGAAAAUUAGUACCAGUUCCUUAAGCAGAGAGGUGUGAAUUGGCCUGGAAAUUUAAUAAUUUGGGUUGGAAUUUUAGUUCUUGGCCUCAGUUCUCUCAUCUGUGGAAUGAAGAUGGUCUAAUUGAUCCACGUGAUCCUUUCCAACCCCCCAGUUACCAACUCACUUCAAGCUCUUUAUUGUUCCCCCUGUUCUCUGUGUCUUCUCAAUGUUGGGGUCCAAAGUUGACCUCUAAUUGGAGGGUCUCCCUUCCCAUCAGCUGCAGGCUCCCAACUCCCAGACCCUGCCUGACGGUUACAUGUCAGGUUCAAGGAUCGUAAUCAGUCUCAUUUGAAAAAGGGACUGUCAGUAUCAGAGUUUUGGAAAAUGGGAGGCUUGUGGGCCUAAUAUGGUAUUAAAGCAAUCCUGAAAUCAGUUCGUGUGUGUUUCACUCCCGGAGAUAACCUCUGGUUAAUGUUUAUUUUUGGGAAUAACUGUAUCAUGAUGAUCAAGCAGAGAAAUACAGGCUUAUGUAUUGAUUGGCACUAGAAAAGUUGAAGGGUGAAAUCUUGUUUUAAAGUAGACAGUUCUUGAAACCAGGAUGUUUUCCAGUUUAAAGCUAUUCCCAACCCUCAUCAAGUUACUCACGUUCUGAAUCUAAACAUAUUCUUUUUAAAAAAAUUCUUAUUUAUUUUUGAGAGAGAGAGAGAGAGAGAGAGAGAGAGAGAGAGAGAGAGAGAAUCCCAAGCAGGCUCUGUGCUGCCAGCAGAGAGCCUGAUAUGGGGGCCGAACCCAUGAACUGUGAGAUCAUGACCUGACCUAAAGUUGAAUGCUGAACUGACUGAGCCACCCAGGUGCUCCUGAAUCUAGACAUAUUCUUAAGAAUCAAGAGCAUGUUCACUGGGAGAAAUACAGUGUUCUCAGGACACAGGUUGGCAUUACGUGUUUUCAAAAUGCCCCAUUGUAGAUUGCCAAUGAAUAUUUACAAAUUCUUCCUACAAUCCAGGCAUUUUUCAUUUGUUUGUCUUUUGGCUAUUUCAUGUUGAAGCAGCAUGUAUGACCUUUACAGCACAACUCCUGUCUUGUUUUUAACUCUUUUUAUCAGGAGAUUCAACUGAAAACGGUUAUCAUUUAGCAGAAAGACAAACAGAAAACCACAUUUUUGUAAGCAAAACGUUAAUGAUUGGAAGAAUUGCCCUAAUUUCACCAUGACAGUGUGUGAUUAAUCCCCUGGGUCAUGUACUUAUACUUUAAGUUAUUCAGUUCGUCGGUCUUUGAUAUUCAGAACCCUUUCUAACUUAAUAGGAUAUUGAUUUUGUUGGAUGAUGUACUUUGACUCUUUAAACAACAUCCCUUUUAGGGAUGACUAGCCUGCUGUGUAGUAUUUUAUUUAGAGAACUAUUGCAUAAGGUUACUUUUUCUUACUUUUUAUGGUUUUCUCAGGGUGAAAGCUGAUAAAACAUCUUGUGGGAAAAGAGGAAACCAUCUCUGAUAGUGAAAGUACCUAUUCUCUUUCAACAUUUCUGACAACUUUUUUUUUUUUGGUGGUGGUUUCAUUGCUGUGAAUAUUCAUUUUACUUAAUGGAGACAGGGUAGAGAUUCAAGAAAAUGUAUUCAGACUUGGGGGAAGUGCAUUUUGUUGGGGACAGACUGUCUUUACCAAAAUUCCCAUUCCAGUUAUACUGCCUUGUGGAAGAUGACAUGAACUCAGAAGCUCACUCUUUCGAUUUUUCUUUAAAAUCGAAUAUCAAUGAUCCUUUAAAUCUGUGAUUGGAGGUGAGGCUUUUGUGACUCCUAACACGGGACAGAAGGUGGAGAACCAAAAGUUACCCAGGAUGCUUCUAAAUGGUUAGGAGUUUGGUAUCUUGUAAAAAUAAUCAGAUGUUAUACCAACAUUUCCUUUUCGUCGCUUGGGGUUUCAUGAGAUUCCAGCUGGACUCUGUACUUGUCUAAUCGAAUUUCAGUCCCUUGAGACAUUUUUUGGUAUUGUUGUUGAAUCCAAAUGACAGGCACUUUGGAGAUUCCUACCACCCACCAAAAUCGAUCCAAGGUCCUCCGAACAGCAGCUACCCCUUCAGAUCUGGCUGUGGAGACACCUAUUGCAGAAAUUAUACCAUGGUGGAUAAGAGCAGGGCUGGAAGUAUGGCUGACAGGUCUCCUACGUCUCUUGCUGGUUGGGGACCUUGGGAAAUGUGAAUUCUCAGCCCCAGUUCCUAGAGAGGUGGGCAGCUCACCUGAGAGGGAGCGUUAUACGUGGUACAGAAUGGGCACUAAGUGUUAGCUAGAAAAACUAGAAAGCCCUCACUGACUCCCUUCUUUUAAGGUGGCUCUUUGAUUGGCUUUCAGUCGGAUGUACACAAAUCUGUGCAGACAAUGGAGAGGGCUGCCGGGAGGUGACCUUGGAGCUGGCAGAGGCAUUUCCUGUCUGUGGAGGAUCUUGACUUUGGAACAUCCGGCAGUUGCCUCGAGGUUUUCGAGGUGACUGAACAUUUUAACGUGUAGCUGCUCAAAAAAAAAAAAAAAAAAAAAAAAGGAAAAAAAAAAGUCACUGCCAAUUUCAAACGAUUUUCCAGAUGAAAGCCAAUGAGACAGCUUCUCGUUAAAAACAAUUUUUUAAGGCAUAUUUUCUAACCAUUAGAUUUUUUUUUUCUAAUUUGAAAGGGAAGUUUGGUAUCAUUCAAAAUCUUAAAUAUUUAAAAAUCUCAUCACUUUCCAAAUACAACUACAGGAAAAAGUUCACGGUACCCUGCACUCCCCAAAAUACUUACAGGAAGAGAAAUACCUAUUGAGUUUGUCUCUGUGAAACUUGUUUAUAUUUUUCUUUUAUAGUUUAAUUAUGCCCUUCAUCCUUCCUUCCCUCUCUGUUUAUUCCUUUCCCUUCUCCACUCCAUCUACCCGCCUGCCCCCCAGGAUUUUACUUCCUUAUUCAUUUUAUUUCCCCAUUAAGAAUAAAAAAUUCUUGUGGGCCUGGGUGGCUCAGUUGGUUGAGCAUCCGACUUUGGCUCAGGUCAUGAUCUCUCAGUUCACGGGUUCGAGCCCAGCAUUGGGCUCUACUGACAGCUUAGAGCCUGGAGCCUGCUUCUGAUUCUGUCUCCCUCUCUCUCUGCCCCUCUCCCGCUUGUGCUAUGUAUGUCUCUCACUCUCAAAAUAAAUUUGAAAAACAUUUAAAAAAAGAAUAAAAAUUCUUUAUAUGUCACAAUUACAGCCAAGAUUUUCUUCAAACAUAUAGAAAUGCUCAGCUUUCAGGUGGAGAUCCUACCUUUGAGGAAGAUGUUAUUGUUGGAGUCUUAAUAUCCUGCCCUCAUCCCUCUAAGGACAGUUCUUUAGCUUUUUUUUUUUUUUUUUUUUUUUUCAUUCUUGUU